GUGUUUGCUAGUUUACAUUUUUGGUUGUUUCUCUUGCGCGGAGUAUUCCUUCUGAGAUUCCUGGGAUUUUUACGCGACUCAUCUUGUUGACAAACAAUCGGGAUAAUUGAGAGAAAACGUAGAAGACUCGUCGGUGGUGGUAGUUGGCGGCGGCGGAGACGAUGGAAAAUCUGGAGGAAGUGUUACAGGCACUCGACGAGUUCCAGAAGAUGCGACCGUCGGUGAUCCCACAAGAGCUCGAGGAUUAUCUGUGUUGGGUCGCCAAGACCGGCGAUCCAGUAUAUCAGUGGCCAUUGAUCAAGACCCUUGUCCGGGAGAAGCUCACCCGUGUGAUGACGGACUUUUAUGAAAGCUGCCCCACUCUGGAACUCGCGCCCUGUCCGAACGUCGAGCAUUUCAAUUAUGAUAUCAUGAAGAGCAACCUCCUCGAGAGGUUGGAAUCGUUCGCGAACGCGCCUUUCACCGUUCAACGAAUAUGCGAGCUGCUGACGGCGCCGCGUAAGGAAUAUAAUCGCGUGGACAAGUUCAUGCGCGCCAUCGAGAAGAACAUUCUGGUGGUAUCGACGCGCGAACCUGGACCCAUAACCAGACGUGGCGAAACGGGCGAUGGUAUGGUUAACGGCUCCGUCGAAGAAGACGCAGCUUCCGUUACACAGCAACCACCACCGCCGUCACCGUCGCAGCCCUCUUCACAGCCUUCCUCGCAGACGACUCAGUCGCAACCGGUGCAACCAGUACAACCAACCUCGCAGGACGUGGAGAUGGAAUACUGGGAGAAAGAUUGUAGCUCCACCGUUACAAUUAGCGUACAUACCGUCGAGAACGAACAACCGCUUAUGCACAGCAGUGUCAUACCGGCAUCUGAUUCUACCUUGACCAAGAAUCUAUUUACUGAGGAGACUGCACGAGAGAAGCCACACGGAUCAGAAGCCAUAGCGACUGCUGUUCCUGUGGUACAGAGUCUACCGGCAGUUGGAGCAGUCUCUGAAGACUCCAUGAUUCCGAGCACUGAUAUAGCAGUGGCGAUCAUGAACGAGGACACCAAUUCUCAACCUAAUUUAGACCUGGAGAAUGAGGAGAUUGAGGCAAGCACAGCAAUAGCAAGUACCACGACAUCUACAACGACGACUACGACCACGACGACUGUUACAGCAACAACAACGACAACGACAGCAACGUCAACAACAUCGGUAUCAACGGCGGCGACGACGACGGUGACCGUGGUGGCUACGGUGAUACCGUUAACGACAGAUACCACGCGGAAGCUACAAGCUGCUUUCCAAGCAAAACGCUUCGAAUCCAGUGAUAAGUCUGUGGACAAGUCCAAUGAGAAAACCACGGAUUCGUCGAAGUUAGGUAGCGUGGAGGAGGAGAUUGGGCAGUCCUUGAAAGAUGAAGAAACGACCAAAUCGAGUCCUGAUCAUAUAGAUCCCAAUGAGAUGCCUCGUGAUGAAAGUAGAUUAACUGAAAGUUUAUUACAGACCGACGUCGAGAUGAAAUCUGACGCUUUGACGGAUGAUACUGAAAGUGUUGAAGAAAGAGCUCGCGAUAAACCAAAGGAGGAAUCGUCAAUCCUUGAGGACUUGGAUGAGGAAAACUUGCGUUCCACGAGCAACCACAAUACAAAUGCGAUGGCACUCGUCGAAUCGCAGUCCAUGGAAAAAGAUAGCACUGUCCCAUCCAAUGAGUGUGUGAGCGCAGUCAUCGUGUCUAGUACCGAAGCGUUAUACAAAACAGAAAAAUCCGAGAUACACUCUAAAGAAGAGUCUGAAACAAUUUCUUCCACAGAGUGUUUCGCACAUGAUCAAUCUAUUAGUCAAAAAACGGAAAGUGUAGAAGAGACGGAUAAAGACCUAAAAGCUAUUCCUACAACAGCAUCUUCCAACAGCAACACUAAUGGACAAGAAGAGCAAGAAUCUGAUAACAACGAUAAUUUAAACAUUAUGGAAAUUUCCAAUGACAAAAUGAUUCUUGUCGAGUCUAUGACACCGGAUCCAAUAAGCGUAGAAAAAUCUAAAGAAGCAACAUCUGUAAUUGAAAAACUCGAUCCUGUCUCACCUACUGUCGAAACAAUAGAAAACUCCGAUAAUGUCAGUUGUCGAUCUCCAAAGGAUGACAAGUUAACAGGCGAUCAAGACGACAAUGUAGCAAAUUCACAAGGCAAUAAAACAACGGCAGGCAUCACGAUAAAAGGAAACCAAUCUUCUGUAAUAGAGAGUAUAGCAUGUAGAAAGGAAUCGGAGGAAUUAAUGGAAAUCGACGAUGAAGAAUCAUUAUCGACGUUUCAACAGGAUGAACCUAUGGAGCAGGAAGCAAUGGAGGAGCUGCCGAAAAGUUAA